CCUGGAAAAAAAAAAAAAAAAGAGCACAACAGACAGGACGCUGUCUACCUGAUCCUGGACCGCUGACUGUGGCUGCGAGAGGCAGGAGAAAACUGGGAAAGGUGGACAGACUCUGUGCCCUGUAAGCUUCAACCUUUUGCAUUGCACUAUCUGACAGGCGGCACCUCCGGGGCAAGGAAGGUUGCAACAGCAGACUGACAGCGAGCGCUGGCAUGAGCACACUGGAAUAAGUUCUGCACUGAUGUCUUGGCUUAGAGGUACCAGGGCAUCCACGAAUCUGCACAAAAUCCCGGCACGAUGCGGGCGGUUGCUGUGUUUGAUGAAAAUGCGGCGGCACAGGGUGUUCUUGCUGUGCACGGUGGGCCUGUGUGUCAUCUCCUUCCUCCACUACUACAAGGCCCUCCAUUACGUCUCCCUGCUGCGGGAGCUCUCGGCUCCAUACCCCAACAUCAAGUCCUUCAUCAUGGUGACCGGCUUCUUCUGGAGGGAGAAGGGUAUGGCCACCACCCCGCUCAGCCCAGCUUCUCCUGAAGAGGCCCCCCCUCUACCCGGUCUCCGGCAGUCAGAUGCCAAAGCUAGAGGCGUGCCGGGUCUCGGGGGAGGAGGCGGAGGGGAAGGAUUUGGCCCAGGGAUCCCAGAGGCCAUAGCUGGAGGUGGAGAUGAGGAGAUGAGGCAACGAGAGGAGCCAGCACCACCACAUCCCUGGGAGAAACCAAAGGAAAACCAGCUGGGAGACGCAGCAAAUGAGAUUAGAGCUGAGGACCGCUUAAAGCGGUGGAAUCCCGCCCACCCUGCACCGCCCGAUAGGCUAGACCCUCCACAGGAACCAGCAAGAAAAGAGCAUCAUUUCAGGGAUCCCAUAGAAUCCAUGGGAGACCUCCAUACUCGCACUUUCCAGCUUGAAGAUGACAAAACCCCUUACUUUGUGCGCACCAAAGCUGGAGCCCUUUGCUUCAGGCAGGGGACAGAGGUAGCUACUCCUAAAGAGUACUAUGGAAAAUCAGGGGGGUCUGCGGCUAACGGAGCAGUUGGUCGGGCUGUUGCUGCCGGGCAACGGAAACCUCUGGAGCUCCAGCAGCAGCCCACCAUUGUGCCAAAGGUCAAAGCUCGAGCCAAGGGCAACGGGAAGCGGCUAGUCAAGUGCGUUUGUCGGCCUGGGUGGCACGGACCUUACUGCGGGGUUCCCACAAUGGUGUACCACUCCAAUCUGCCAACUAAGGAGCGGCUGACGCCCAGAGAAACCCCGCGGAGGGUGAUCAACGCCAUCAACGUCAACCACGAGUUUGAUCUGCUGCACGCACGCUUUCAUGAGCUCUCAGAGGCCGUGGAUUUGUUCCUCGUGUGCGAAUCGAACUUCACCGCCUACGGAGAGAAACGGCCUCUCAGUUUCCUGCGGCUCCUUCUAAACGGUACCUAUGACUACAUACGUCACAAGAUCCUGUACGUGUUCCUCAACCACUUUCCGGAUGGGGGUCGGCAGGACGGCUGGAUCGCCGAUGACUACCUGCGUACCUUCCUGACGCGCAAUGGCAUGUCCAGGGUGGUCGGUGCGCGAUCAGACGAUGUUUUCGUCAUCAACGAUGCCGACGAAAUCCCAGCACACGAAGGACUACUUUUCCUCAAGCUGUUCGACGGGUGGACAGAGCCUUUCGCCAUCCACAUGCGCAAGUCCUUGUAUGGCUUUUUCUGGAAGCAGUUCGGGUCUCUGGAGGUGGUGUCGGGCUGCACGUUGAGGAUGCUGCACGACGUGUACGAUGGCGACGGCAUCAAACUGCGUCGUCGCGAAUAUUACACUAUGCCGGGUUUCCGCAAAUACGAGAAUGACACCGGCCACAUCCUGGUGCAGUGGUCGGUGGGAAGCCCGUUCCACUUCGCAGGGUGGCACUGCUCCUGGUGCUUCACACCCGAGGGGAUCUACUUUAAGCUGGUGUCGGCGCAGAACGGAGACUUCCCGCGGUGGGGCGACUACGAGGACAAACGCGACCUCAACUACAUCCGCGACCUCAUCCGGACUGGCGGCUGGUUUGACGGCUCGCUGCAGGAGUAUCCCCCAGUGGACCCCAAAGAGCACAUGUACGCCCCCAAGUACAUGCUGGAGAACUACGACAGGUAUCGCUACCUCUUGGAAAACCCUUACAGAAAAGAGUCCAGAGCGAAUGAAGGCUAGGUGUCAGGUGGCCAAAAAAAUUAAAAUGAAAAACAUAUGUGAAAAAAAACAAAAACAAAACGCUCGUAGGGCCCAAGUGAUUUUUGGGGGGUGGAACGAUACUGAUGAACUGCUUCUCUCAUUGGAGUGAAACUAAAUGUAUCUCCACCAGGCAGCACUGAUGCUGCUCUUUAAAGUCAUUACAUUGGGGUCAGAAAAAAGGGAACACUGAAUCACAUCCAUGGAUUUUGAGAGAGAGCUUUGAGAUGAGAGGAUAAUAACCACUGAAUCUUAGAUUUCCUCAUUCCUCCCCUUUUCCGGGAGGCCCCGCGCUAUCUCUCUAUUUGUCACCCGUCCUUCCUUUUGUCACCCACCGAUUCGACGCGCCUGUUCUCUGAGAGAAAAUGGCAGCAA